CUCAUUAUUUCCCUUAGAUCUCUUACAUCUCUCCUUAGUGUCUUCUAAUCUUUUUUCUCAAUCACAAAAUAAAAAAAAAAUGGUUGCAAGCUGGCCUGAGCCCAUUGUUUCAGUUCAAGCCUUGUCCCAAGCCGGCGUAUCCACCGUCCCAAACCGGUAUGUGAAACCCACGCAUCAGAGACCGGUCUACAAGUCCGAUCAAUCCGGUCUUGACAUGGAAAUCCCCGUGCUAGACAUGAGCGACAUGUGGAGGAACCCAGAGGGGCUGAAGCGAGUGAGGAAGGCGUGUGAGGAGUGGGGUUUCUUCCAAGUGGUGAACCAUGGUGUAGACCACGGGCUGAUGGAGAGAGUGAGAGGAGCGUGGCGAGAGUUCUUUGAUUUACCGGUACAGAUGAAACGAAAGUACGCAAACUCACCCGACACGUACGAAGGCUAUGGAAGCAGGAUUGGUGUUGUGAAAGAUGCUAAAUUAGAUUGGAGUGACUAUUUCUUCCUCAAUUACUUGCCAUCUUCCAUAAGAAACCUUUCUAUGUGGCCAUCUCAGCCUCCUAAGAUAAGAGAAUUGAUCGAAGAGUACGGUGAAGAAGUGAAGAAACUGUGUGAGAGGUUGGUGGAAACAUUGUCAGAGAGUUUAGGUUUAGAACCAAACCAUCUCAUGAAGGCCUUUGGAGGAGAAGAUAAAGUCGGGGCUAGUCUGAGGGCUAAUUUCUACCCAAAAUGCCCUCAGCCACACCUAACUUUAGGUCUUUCUUCCCAUUCUGACCCUGGUGGCAUCACCAUUGUCCUCUCCGAGGAGAAUGUAGCCGGCCUCCAGGUCCGACGUGGUGACUGCUGGGUUACUGUUAAAUCCGUCCCCAAUGCUUUGAUCGUUAACAUUGGUGAUCAAGUUCAGAUACUUAGCAAUGGAAUUUACAAAAGCGUGGAGCAUCAGGUGAUCGUUAAUUCCGGUAUGGAUCGAGUCUCCUUGGCACUCUUCUACAACCCGAGAAGUGAUAUUCCGAUCGGACCAGUGGAAGAACUCUUAACCGAUAACCGACCUGCUCUUUAUAAACCGAUCAGGUUCGACGAGUAUCGUCUUAUGAUUAGGCAAAAGGGUCCUAGUGGGAAGAAUCAAGUUGAUUCAUUGUUAGCAAGCACAUGAUAGUUCAUUUACAUCCGAAGUAUAAUCAGUACUUACUGCUACGUACUAGUACAGUUGUACUUAAAUUAUAUGUAAACUGUAUACUUGCGCUAUGUAAGAAAUAAAAACUUUAAUAAAAGUUAUCAA